ACUGACGUUUAUUAAGAAGGCAGCUUAAAAAAUAUCGUGAGAAAAGUGUGAAAAGUUUUCACAUUCUAAUCUUUUCAAUUAGUUUAAUUUAAAUAAAUUAAUGAUUUAUCAACAUUAACAUAAGAGCAACGCAAUCAUCAUACUAAUAUAGUAGAAAAAAUGUCGUAUAAUAUAGAUGAGAUGAGCUGGACAGAUGUACGAAAUCUGUUCAGAAAGUGGCGAGAUGAUAACGAACGUAAAAGUGACGAUGUAAUGCAAUUAUGGGAUGCAAUCCUCUCGGGCAAACAGAACAAACUGGGAAACGAACGCCACCUUGUGCUGGAACAAGUGAUGAUAGCCGCCCUUGAUUGCAAUCGAAUAGAAACCGCGGAGGACUGCAUUCGGGUACUGACCGUUGAAUUUCCAGGUAGCUUACGCAUUCAAAAAUAUAAGGCCAUGGUAUUGGAAGCGCUUGAGCGUUACGACGAUGCGCUGGAUGUCCUGGAUAUAAUUAUUAAGAUGGACGAAACGAAUGCAGCCCCCCGGAAGCGCAAAGUAGCUAUUUUUAAAGCCCAAGGCAGGACAGCUGAUGCUAUUCGGGAAUUGUGCGACUAUAUGAAACGUUUCAUGUCGGACCAAGAGGGAUGGCACGAGUUGUGCAGUUUGUACUUAGCAGAGGGUGAGUACGCCAAAGCUGCUUUUUGCAUGGAGGAAGUACUUUUGCACAAUCCGCACAGCCAUUUGAUCCAUCAGCGGUUGGCCGAUAUUCGUUAUACCAUGGGCGGGCUCGAGAAUAUCGAAAUAGCCAAAUCAUAUUACUGUCAGGCAGUAAAGCUUAACCAAAACAAUCUCCGUGCUUUGUAUGGACUUUUCUUAUGCUGCGGACAUAUUGCUAAUUCGAAGGCCGCCACCAGCAAGCGAAAGGAAGUACAAAAACUGGCCCAAUGGGCAAUUGGCCAGAUUCAGCACAGAACGAUAUCUUCUGUGCUGCCGGCUGCUAAAAUUGGUGAAUCGUCAGAAAAGCAUUCUAAAUCUGAAAUGAACGCUUUAGAGCAGGCCUUUGGCGGUUUAGACAUUGCCAAAGCAAAUUGACAAACUGAACAGUUUCAAAGCCGAAUUUUCGAAGGUGAUCGGCCACUACGUAAUUUAUGCAUGCUUUCAUCCCUAUCACUUACAAUAUCUAGCACCUACUGAUGUUGCUAAUUAUACUGUGGUGACUUUUCGCUUUAGGGUCUUCGAAAUGGUAUGGAAUUUUAAUAGUUGCUGUAUAUUGCAUUAAAUGAAGUAAGAGUACGCAUUUAAGUUCUCGAUGAAUAAAUUGUGUAGUCCAA